GCUAGCGUAGUUUUGUUGGUGUACGAUUUUCGAACAUUCGAUUCGAAAUCGCGAGAACUAUCGCCCAGCCGAGAGCCACGGCGAGAGUCCACCAACCAAUUCAGUCGCGAACGGACCGCGCAGUGUGGCAGUUGUGUUUUCGAGAUAGCGGGACUGUUGUGUGGGACUGUGAGUUAAGUCAUUUUCUGCAGAGUUUCCCCGCGGUGCAGUGAGAGCAGCUAGCGCGGUUGUGAAUCGAGCGAGCAAGAGCAAUCAAACAAACAUGAUCGGCAGUGACUACGUGCUGGAGGCACAUAACAUUUACCAUACCACCGAGGUUGACACCGGCGGUUGCUUCAAUGGUGGUGGCCAAUCGGCGCUGGUUCUGAAGGGUGUCCACUUGACGGUGCACAGUGGUGAAGUGAUGGCCAUUCUGGGCUCCAAGGGUAGCGGCAAGCGCGCCCUGUUGGAUGUGAUCGCACGCCGUUCCGAAGGAUCCUCCCGCGGUCAGGUGCUGCUGAAUGGGUCUCCACUGACGAAAUCACUGUUUCAGCAGCGCUGCGGAUACGUAACGCAUGCCUGUACCUUUGUGCCCGGAUUGACUGUCUCGCAGACGCUGAACUACACUCCAACCAUUCUUGGUGGGUAUUUGAAGAGCUCGAAGGUGCGCCAGGUGCUGGCUGAUUUGGCGCUGUCACAGGUAUCGCACAAAAAGGUGGAAAAUUUGAACAUCAGUGAGAAAAGGCGGCUGGCUAUUGGAAUUCAGCUUGUACGGGAUCCGGUUAUGCUGUUGCUAGACGAACCGACACAGGGACUUGAUCCGCUGAGUGCUUAUCUGCUGAUCAGUAUUCUGUCCAACUCGGCGAAGAAGACAGGCUGCGGGAUUCUGCUUUCAAUGGAGAAACCUCGGUCGGACGUAUUUCCGUUUCUGGAUAGGGCUUUGUUCCUUUGCUUGGGAGGAGCUGUCUAUUCAGGCGGAACCAGAGCUAUGCUGGAGUACUUCCACGGGAUUGGCUUUCCAUGUCCACAGCUAGAGAACCCCCUGAUGUACUAUCUGUGCUUGUCAACCGUUGAUCGAAGAUCCCGUGACCGCUUUUUGGAAUCGAGUCAGCAGAUUGAAGCUCUGGUAGAACGUUUCGCGCGGGAAUCUCCCAUGCCAGAAGCUCCGAUUAAUCCCAUCGGUAGCGGCAAGAUUCCACUCGCCUAUGGCAAACCAGGAGAGCUCAAGGUUUGGGGCGUUCUGUAUCUGCGCCUGCUGGCGGCGACCUUCUCCUGCGGUUAUGCAGGUAUGAAGGCAAUGUUUCUGCGGUUGCUGGCCCUUCCAGUAGCCAUGGGACUCAUGUGGUUAUUCUACAGCCAAAUUGGAGACGAUUCGCGCGGUUUCUUCAGCAAAAGUGGAAUGAUUAUGACAGUACUAGGACUGAGUUAUGGAGUGGGCAUUUGGACUACGAUAAGCUUGUUUCCCACCUGGAGAAAACGUUUUUGUCAGGAAUACUCGGAGGGUUUGUAUACCGGAGCUACCCUACUGAUUGCUUACAAUGCAGUGUCGAUGCCAUUUUCCUUCAUCUCGGCUGCCAUCGCAUCGUGCGUAUUUUAUCCACUCGUGCUGAAUCCUACGACCCCCGAUGGCCUUACCUUCAUGUACAUCGUAAUCGCACUAUGGACUUGUUUCGUGCUUGCCGAGCAGCUUAGCAUUGCCUUCCUGCUGGUGAUAAAGUCCCAGAUUAACGCAGCGAUCGCUGUUUCCUAUACUCUGGUCAUCUGUCUGUCCCUAGCUAGCGGAACAGUACGCUCAUACAAAGGGCUUUCGCCAUGGCUGCAGGAAAAUGCCAAAGGAAUUCACACGAAGUACGCCAGCUCACUGCUGCAUACGACCAUCUUUCAUGCACGCCGGAUGGAUUGCAAUCCCGCGGCAGGGCUAACUUGUCCACAGCCGGCCGAGUUUCUGCUAGAGCGCAUCGGCAAAGCUCACCCGCAAGAGACGACCGACAUUGCGGCUUGCAUUGCCUUCGCACUGGGUUUGUGCGCCUUCAACAUGAUUCUAUAUUUGCUUCCAAUGCCACGGUGCGUGAGACGAAAGUUUCGGGAUUGACGCGGUUGACAGUCCGAAUGGAUUAUUUUAGAGUGAUUUUUAAUUAUUUAUGCCUAACGUUAAACUGAAAUAAUAAAGAAAAAGUAAGCUAUUGCUAUCUGAAA